GGACACUCCACAGUGCCAGUGUAGCCACGGGCAUAGGAAAAAAGUUUACAACAUCACGGGAAUAGACAGAAUAAUAAAAAAUCUACACUGAAUUAAGAUUUCUAUCACGAGUUCAAUGCAUGCAGUGUGUGUGGUAGUGCGCGGUGCGGCCAGUUAAAGUGGGCAGACACACCAGCAAAGUCGGCCAGCCCGUUUGGUGCGUUCGGUGAAAGAGAGCGAUUGGAAGUGCUUCCCCGCGGUGCCAAGAAUCUAGCCGACAGAGCAGUCUCCUCACAUUUCGGUAGCGCAUAUUCUGGUAACUCGUUUACCAGCCCAGUGCCGCACGUCGCCGUAUCGCAGCCGUGUUAGGGCGAGCGUGCCGUAUUAUCAUCCCGUGCCCGCCCCGAGGCCAAUGAUAAUUUGGGCCGGAAGAAGAAUGCUUUCGCGUGUGUCCGAAGAUGAAAAUUGGGUGGAGAUGGUUGUUUGCGAGAAGCCAAACCCCGUGCAGUUCGAGUGAAAAGUGAGCAAUCUGUUACGAUUAGCGCAUCCCAUGGUCGUCGAGACACCAUAAUCGAGGCCCCAGGUACCCGCAGUGAAGGCACAGUGUUCGCGUGUGUGUGUGUGAGUGAGUGAGAUUUUUCGUGCCAGUCAGUACUGCAUCGUGUUCCAGUGUAUCGCUGUUAUCCGGAACCGGGGUGAAAACCGUGCCCGAACCGUCGGGCAGGUGUUGUGCAGUGUAACGCGGGGUGGGUGAAAGGAGUGCCGUGUGAGGAGCGCGUGUGUGUGUGGGGGGGGUCUAGAGCAGCGUGGGAGAAAAAUAAACAAAAAUGAUGGCCAAUUUGACAGAUGGUGGUGAUCAAAGUUUUUGCAAUGUGACAGUUCCGCAGCAGCCGCAGCAACAACAGCAACAGCAUCAAAUAUCAAACGUUGGUGGAGUGGGCGGUGUGGGUGGGGGCGGUGCCAGCGGGAAUGUGUCGCAUGCCGGCAACGCCUUGCACGUAGGCGGCAUGGGCGGUGCGGGUGGCGGUGUGGGUGAAGGUGAGGGCGAGAGCGUAUUGGGCAGUGGGGCUACCACAACAGCAUCGUCGAUGGCGCUGAUGGGAUCGAUGACGCCGACGGCAUCCACCACGACGCUGACGGCAACGCCGACCGUUGGAACGUGGACGGAAUUUUGCGAGCGUCACGCACGGGCGGCCGCAGCGGACUUUGCCCGGGCGUGCGUAAAUUACGUCACCAACAAUCUGCCGGAAGUGGCCCGCCACACGAUCUCCCAUCGGGAUUUUAUGCGCCGGUUUGUCCACUGCUUCGAGUCUCGCUUCGAGGACGAGUUUCAGCGCCGAAAAGCGCAACCUAAGACUGGAAACGGAUCCGCUACGGUGCCAGAGGAGAGCGAUUAUUCCGAGGACACAGAUUCGCCAAAAACCAACCACAAGCCGUUCUUCCGACGACUAUCGUUCAAAGGGCUCCGAAAGGGCAAGGUGAUUCAUGCAUUUUUCCACAAACAACACUCCGACGAGGUGGAGCUAUCCGAGCGGCGCGCCAGCAAAACGAAGCUCGCCAAGAUUGUGGUCGAAUGUCGGAAGGAGGGCAACGUGAAUUACCUUUCGCCCGAGAAUCUCGACCAGCCCGGUUCGCAGAAGUGGGAAAAGUGUAAGCUGGUGCUAGUGAAGACGGUCUCCGGCUAUAUGCUGGAAUUCUACUCACCACCAAAGUCACAAAAGCCCCGCAGCGGAGUGUUUUGCUUUAUGAUAACGGAAGCGCGCGAAACCACCGCCCUGGAGAUGCCCGAUCACGAGAACACGUUCGUGCUGAAGGCGGGCACCAACAUGGAGUACGUCAUCGAGGCCCGCGACACGGACGACAUGCGCAGCUGGCUGGCCACGAUACGCUACUGUAUGCGUAGCACGCAAACGACUUCCGAACCAUCCGAUUCGACUGCCACGGAUUUGAUCACCAGCCUCAGCACGUCCAUGUCGCACGGUGGCACCGGUAUUCCAGCGACCCUGGCCGCCAGCGCGCUCGCCACGGACGUCAACAACCUCAGCCUAAAUCAAUCGCUAACGGGGGCGACCACCGGCGGCCCGACCGGCCCGUCGACCGUCGGUGCAUCGAACGCACUGCCGGCCGGUAAUGCCGGUGGUACGGUCAAUGCAAACAGCAGCAACAGCACCACCAACAACAACAACAACUCCUCCCUUGCAACCGGGGCCAGCGCACCGGAGUUGCCACCCCGCCGGCCCGACGAUCGGAUAUCGUCGUCCAGCAACUUCGAGCUGACGGAAAACGAUCUGGAUCUGUCGCACGAGCACGACACCGACCUGACGGCAAUGAUGCGCGAGUACCCCUGGUUCCACGGUACGCUGCCCCGCUUCGAAGCUGCCCAGCUGGUGCUGCGCGAAGGCAUCUCUAGUCACGGCGUGUUCCUGGUCCGGCAGAGUGAAACGCGCAAGGGCGAGUUUGUGCUCACGUUCAACUUCCAGGGCAAGGCCAAACAUCUGCGCAUGACGCUGAACGAUCUGGGCCAGUGCCGGGUGCAGCACCUUUGGUUUCCCUCGAUCACCGAAAUGCUCGAACACUUCCGGCAGCAUCCGAUACCGCUCGAAUCGGGUGGUACGGCGGACGUGACGCUGACCGGGUACGUGCUUACCCCGCAGCACCAACAGUUUACCCAAGCCCAACAGCAGUCCCAGCAGCACCAGCAGCACCACCAGCAGCAGCAGCAGCACCAGCAGACCGGAUUGCAGGCGGGCCCACAGACGGCCACCAGUAACAAUUACUCCACCACGCUAAUCGGUAGCAGUAGUGCGAACAGUAGCAAUGCGAACGCCGGCGUUACCAACGUAUCCUCCAAUGCGGCCAGUGCGGCUUCCGGUACGGCAGCGGCCGGUAGUGCGACCGGCAACAGCAAUCCCCAAACCAGCCCAAGACAUCCAACGCAAGCGAUCACGCUGAACGGAAGCGUGCGGAUCAAGACUUGUGAUCUGGAGCUGUCGCUGCAAACGGUUCCGGUCGAGCAGAUGAAUUCGCAUCUCCAUCAUUCCCAUCACCAGCAGCAGCAGCAGCAGCAGCAACAACAAAUGCAUCUUCACACAUCGUCACAGCAGCCAGGACCUAGUGGCGGCAUGGGUCAGGGCACCGCUGCAUCCGGUUCCCAGCAAACCGGCACCGGGGACGAUGUGCAGCGGGCCGUCGAUAAUCAGUACAGCUACGUUUGAACGUAGUUUGUCCACGUUCCGUUUUAAGGCUGUAGUGUAAACUGUCGAACUGUUCUCGGUAAUGUGUUACCCUUUCUGGUCUAAUGCUGUGAUAUGAUCACGUGCACCUCCUGUUUCGUUUAACUACAGCCUUAAAAUACGCGUGGCGCUAUACUCCAACCACUGCACAAUGUCGCCGCGAAUCUCAGCGUGGCAGGCGAAGCCAAAGGUGUGCUUGUUUUUAAUUGUUGGCCAACAGAGACGAUGAUGCUAACGAUCGCGUAUCAUAGCGAAGAAAACCCUACAUGCAUCCCAUACCCAUCGUGUCUAAAUUAUCUGCCCGGACAUUGGUUUACCUACUCCACCGCCGCUAUGUAAUGAUGUUUCCUAUGUUUCGCGCCAAACAGUUGUUUCCGGUUUCCGUUGCGUAUGAUAAAACUAAUAAAAUCCGAUCGUUGUGUUUGACAAAGCCAAACGCCAAUGACGCACAGGCGCGUUC